AUGAGUAACACAACAAUUUCUGUAGAAGAGUUUGUACUUCACUGCGUGAUCAGUUCUGAUCAGAGAAGUUUCACCAUUGUGGCCCUUGUGUUUAUCUACUUGGUGUCACUCAUUGGGAACCUGUUGGUACUUUUUGUCAUCACAACCAACCAGCAACUGCAAACCCCAAUGUACAUCUACAUAAGUGCCUUAGCAGUAAUAGACUUGGUUAACAGCACCAUCGUCAUUCCAAAAAUGUUGGCCGAUCUUCACUUUGAGUCCUCAGCAGUGCCGUAUGGAGCCUGUUUACUGCAGAUGUAUGUCAUACUGAAUUUUGAAGAAAUGGAAUCCAUUCUACUGAUGAUUAUGGCAAUCGAUCGUUAUAUUGCAAUUAUUCAUCCUCUUAGGUACCGAGCAGUUGUUACAAUGAAAGUUGUUUGGAUUGUGGUUUUAUUUCUUCCAGUUUUUACCUUUCUUGUGAACAGUUCAUUUGUUAUUUUUGCAACUGAGCUUUCUUUUUGUCGUUCCAACAUUCUGCAUUAUUGUUUCUGUGAUUAUUUCACUAUGGUUCAGGUUGCUUGUAAUCAUGAUCCUAAAUUUCUCAUUCUCCUUUCUUGCAUAGUUUUUAUCUUAGGUUUGGGACCUUUCUUAUUAAUUAUUUUUUCUUACAUCCGAAUUGGUUUUGCUGCCCUUAAGAUAUCCUCAGUUGAAGGAAAGAGAAAAGUUUACAGCACCUGUCUCACCCACUUACUGGUGGUGGGAUUUUUUUAUUUUCCUUUAUUGACUUCCUAUAUUCUUCCUGGAGCAGGAGUCAAGUUGUCAGUAGAAGUGUAUAAUACGAUGGUCAUAAUUGGAAAUGUCAUCCCACCUAUGAUGAAUCCCAUAAUCUACAGCUUUAGGAAUAAGGAAAUAAAAAGCAGCAUUCACCGAUUCUUCACACGGAAGAGGACUGCUCCAGAUAUUAAUGGCUGCUAG